GUUUGCGCUAGUACAGUUUAAGAAAACUUAAAUAUUUGUAGAAAAUUUGCUUCUUAUAAAAAUACCGAACAUAGGAAUUGUUUUACAUUUUACUGGGAUUGGCGCACGAAUACCAUAGAAACGGCGUGGUUGCUAGGGAGUGCGACGUUCUGCUUUGGGCCAACGUACGGAGGCGGAGUGAUACAAGUAUCUAGCUGCGGGUAGUUAAUCAGCGUGCGGGUGGAGAAACCUACUAGGAGACCUAGCUCAGUUAUUUAUUUGAAUAUAGAAUAUUACCGUUGUCCUCAUAUCAAUUAAUUAAAAUGGCUGAUCAACUGACUGAGGAACAGAUUGCUGAAUUCAAGGAGGCAUUCUCAUUAUUUGAUAAAGAUGGUGAUGGCACCAUCACUACCAAAGAGUUGGGGACAGUAAUGCGCUCUCUGGGACAGAACCCAACAGAAGCUGAGCUACAGGACAUGAUCAAUGAAGUUGAUGCUGAUGGUAAUGGAACAAUUGAUUUCCCCGAGUUUCUUACCAUGAUGGCGAGAAAGAUGAAGGACACAGACAGUGAGGAGGAAAUCAGAGAAGCCUUCAGAGUUUUUGAUAAGGAUGGGAACGGAUACAUCAGUGCUGCAGAGCUGCGUCAUGUCAUGACUAACCUGGGAGAAAAACUGACUGAUGAGGAAGUGGAUGAGAUGAUCAGAGAGGCUGAUAUUGAUGGGGAUGGUCAGGUCAACUAUGAAGAGUUUGUCCAGAUGAUGACUGCAAAGUAAAACUGGAACCCAAAGGACUACAACAGACCAAACAGUGGGCAGCACCCUCACUGUCAACCUUCAACAAGCAUUCACAACCAUUGUCCUAUUGCUUUUCAUUAGUUUCUUGUCCCCUUUCCCUCAGUUGACCUGUCCUUUGCUCUUCCUGUUUUAUUUCCCAUCUUAUUCCUUGUCUUCACCUCAUUAAUAAAGAAUAUCAAAGAACUGUUUACAUAUAAUCUAAGAAACUUGUAACAAUGUAAUACACGUAUCAAUAUUUAUAUGACAUAUAAUGGCAAAAAGCAAUGCAUGCUUUAUUUGUUUUGGCAUGUUUCUGUGCUUCUUCGCUUGCCUUGAUUUCUUACUUGCUCGCUCUCCUUUAAUCCUGCAUGUUUUUCAUGCAACCUCUGCUCAGUGGUCUUAGAACUGUAUGGUGAACUACUGUUCAUUGAAAUCAGGGGCUUUUAUUGAUUAAUGGUCCAAAACGUAUGAGUUAUUGUAUCAGUUGUAGUUGUGUAGUUAUGCAUUUGUAGUGACUCUGCAGACUAUAAGGAAAUUAAGAUUUAUGUAGGAGAGUUCUGAAGAUGGGAGCAAUAUUUGCAGGGAAUUGUACUAUUUUUGCAUGUUUGUACAAGAAGGGAAACACUAAGGUUUGAGUCCUAAACAAGCCCAUUUCCAAAGUUCUUAAGCCCUAUUUACCCAAAUAAAUCCCGUGAGCUGUUCUAGGCUGUAAAGCUUGAAUAACUCUUAUUCGACUCUUGUGGAUUUCAUAUCACAUUUUCUAUAGGCUGAAUUUAGUCGUUUGAGCGGUUGCGAACUUGUGUGAAGUUUCGUACUGAAGAUGUAAAAUAACUGAUGUGAACAUAUGAUCUUAGAUUUUUAUGCUGCAUUGUGUCCAAGCUAUCCAUGUCAUGUAGCUUGUUCAGUGGACCAUUUCUGGGUUGGGAAUAAACACAUUUAAGCUGUGUACAUUAUUCUUCCUGCAGGAUAUUUACCAGUGUGUAUACAUGUCCUACAUGCAAAAUACAUUUCUUUUACUGUUGAUCUAGAAAUAAGAGUGUCUAAGAGAAAUAAUGGAACGUUAAUCACGUUUAAAGGCAGGAUUGCAUAGCUUUUUGCUCUACAAUCUGGUCUUGUCAAAAAAAGUUUUCAUUAGAUGUUUACUGUGUAGCACCUACUUGAUGUCUGAUAGUGCAGUCAAACCUACAUUUUCUGUUGGUUGACUAAUGGACAGCCUGCAGGAAGUGUAAUGUACAAGCUUAUGACGAUGCAUCCUCUAUACUGACAAUCUGUCUUUUCUACGGUUAUGAAUGUAUUUUUUUAUGUAAUUAUAACUGAUUGUUUUUUUUCAGAUAAUAAACUUAAGCUUGGACUAACGUUUCAGGAUAGAACUUAGAAUUAGUUUUAGGCCAAGACUAAGUUAAUUAUCUGUUUAAUACAAUCGUGUUUUUUUUUUUUCCGCGCUCUCAUUGUCAUCUAGGGAACAUUUGAGUUAUGCAUUCCAUUGCAGAAUUGUUAUUCUUGCUAAAUAAACUUCUGGGAAUUGUGUUUCUA